AUGAACAACAACUCUAUUAUCGAGGAUUGCCCAAGUUGUUUGAUCACAGUUACCGAUGGUGCUAUGGUGAAUGGUAUUUUGAGUAUGAAGAGCAUCUUCCUCGGGAACGCCACCAUCUAUGGAACAAUCAAGCCACAGAGUGCAUCGGAUUUCUUGGCAACUCAGUCCAAUGCCCUUGAAUCUGGUUCGACACUAAUCGUCAUUGAUGACUCAAUCUCAUGGUCGCCCUCGAACAUCCAAGCCUCAAUAUCACCCAACAUCUCGAUUGCCUUCAACUCUGCCACCUCCAUCACCAUUGUAGAUAUCCCUUGUUUCUCUUAUGAUUUCUCCGCCUCAACAGCCGUCGUCAGUCUUUCCAGUACAUUGGGUAACACUUAA